AUGACAUCAUUCUCUUUCGUGUCUUGUUUAACGUUCGAUGCUGUAAGUAGUAAACCGUUGAUUGGAAUUGCUGCCUAUUUCAGUCCCUUGCUGGGAACAGUAGCUGCCUUCGGUUUACUGUUACAUUGUAAUGUAGAAUAUGUUGAUUCGAACGUUGCUGUUGCUUUCCUGACAAUAGAAAGAAAAUCAACCAGGAACGAAAAUGUUUUGAAAAUUUUCAAGUCUAUAAAAAAUUUUCCCGAAUAUCUGGGUACUUUUCUGAGUAACAAAGUUACGAAAAUAAUAGUAAUAUUUUCAUCCAUUUCCCUAUUAGCAGGAGCAAUUUACAAUAUUAAUUCAAUAAAACAAGGACUAGAUUACACUGAUAUUUUUCCAUUUAACUCAUACGCUGCUAAAUAUACCAAAAUAUAUUAUCAAUAUUUCACCGAAUAUCCUCACAGAGUACAACUAGUGUUUAAUCAAACUCUCGACUACUCAAAUCCAACUGUUCAAAUGGAUAUAGAAAACAUUUUAAGGACAUUCGAAAGUGCUCCUUACAUGACUGGACCCAAUUAUACCGAAUGUUGGUUGAGGGAAUAUUUGACUUAUAUUCGCGAUUCUAGAAUAAAUUACUUGAUUAAAGAUUUUGAUGUAAAUACAACGCAGGGAUUUCUAGAAGGACUGAAAAAGGUGUUUUUCAGAUUUAAUAGUGGAAUAUUUGAAAGUGAUAUCGUAUGGAAUAACGAACGUGAUCAAAUUGUCGCUUCGAGAUGUUUACUUACUUAUCGCAACGUCAGAAGCGGAAGUGAUGAAAAAUUCUUUAUCGAAGAAAUACGUAAAAUUGCAGCUGAGAGCAAAUAUGAUGUGUUUGUUUAUAACACGUGGUUUGUAUUGUACGAUCAAUAUUUAAAUAUGUUUGUAAUGUACUUCAAAGCCAUAGGAAUCGCUAUUGUUUCGGUAUUUGUUAUAUUCUUUACAUUUAUAUCUGACAUAUCUUACAGUAUUGUUGUGUUACUUACGGUUAUUUGUAUUCAAGUAGAAACUUUGGGUUAUGGAAGUGCUUGGAAUGUGGGUUUAAACCUUAUUUCUGUAAUGUUUUUAAUUAUGAGUGCAGGAUUUUGUGUUGAUUACUCGGUGCACAUCGCUCAUGCUUACAAGAAUUGCAAAGAAACAGAUCCUAGUGAGAAAAUAAAAGCAUCCUUGCAAUGCAUAGGAUAUCCGAUUGUUCAAGGAUGUUUAUCUACUGUCAUUGGAGCAUUUGUUUGCAUUUUCGGGCCGUCUUAUUUGUUAAUUGUAUUUUUUAAAGUAAUUGUUUUAGUUAUGAUAUUCUCAGUGUUGAACGGUCUCAUUGUAUUACCCAUUAUUCUUAGUAUGGUCGAUUCCGUUCAUAUUCCUUGGAAAAAACAAAUAAAUAUUCUCGCUACACGAUAA